UUUGAUUCCAUAGCAUUCUGUAUUUUCCUUCCUUCUCAAGAUCUGAUCUUCACCGGAAAUUCAAUACAGAAAGUAUUAUUGAAAAAUGGCGGCGGCCGGAGGACCGGAUCUGUUGUUCGGAUUGAGGAACAAUUUUUACUUGGGAGCGUACCAGGCCGCGAUCAACAACAGCGAAAUCCCCAAUCUUUCCCAUGAUGAAAUCGUGGAGAGGGAUUCUCUUGUUUACCGCUCUUACAUCGCUCUCGGAAGCUACCAGCUUGUGAUAAAUGAGAUUGAUUCAUCUGCGGCGACCCCACUUCAGGCCGUGAAACUGCUAGCUUUGUAUCUCUCCGGCCCUGAAAACAAGGAAGCGGCUAUUUCGAGUCUCAAUGAGUGGUUAGGGGAUCCAGCCAUUGGAAACAACCCCAUAUUACGUCUUAUUGCAGGGAUUAUAUUCACGCACGAGCAAGAUUAUAACGAAGCUUUGAAGCAUACAAAUGCUGGAGGAACUAUGGAGCUGCAUGCUUUGAAUGUCCAAAUAUUUCUUAAGAUGCACCGAUCAGAUUACGCUGAGAAACAAUUGAGAGUCAUGCAAGGAAUAGACGAAGACCACACACUAACUCAACUCGCUAAUGCUUGGCUGAACUUGUCUGUGGGUGGUUCGAAAAUCCAGGAAGCAUAUCUUAUUUUCCAGGACUUCUCAGAGAAGUCUCAAGUUACUAGCUUGAUCCUUAAUGGAAAGGCUGUUUGCUGCAUGCACAAGGGUGAAUUUGAUGAAGCAGAAACACUUCUGCUCGAAGCCCUAAAUAAGGAUGCAAAGGAUCCAGAAACUCUUGCCAAUCUGAUUGUUUGCAGUCUUCACUUGGGGAAAGCUUCAACGCGCUACCUCAGCCAAUUGAAAUUGUCACACCCAGAUCACGUACUUGUGAAACGUGCAUCCACUGGGGAAGAGAGUUUCGACAGAGCAGUUCAAACAGUUGCAUGAUUAGAUUGCUGUUUGUUUGUCUUCUACUCCACCUCCUUAAAAAAGAAGAAGUAUAUUUUGGGUGUAAAACGACAUUUAAUCAUUUGGGUGUUCUCAUUUGUUUAAUUCUUACGAUUUUCUUGAAAACUGCAAGAGUUGACUUUUGAUGUUAGAUCUGCCGAAAAUCAGUUUAUAUUGAAUUUCAAGACUGGUAUAUGAUUCUGGCCUUAAGUAUAAUUGCUGGAUUUACUCUUUAACAGUUGUUUAUUAUC